GAUUGGUGGUGGAGCGGUACUGGCUAUGGAGUCCGUUAUGCAAUCAUCGCUCUAAUCUUCAUCGCUAUCGCCCUGUUGCUCUUCGGCGCCUACUUCCACGCCCAACGCAGAAUACGCAAAGGUCUGCCACCCCUCGCCUACCACCGCUGGCUCGUCUCCCGCCGCAACUACAGAGCUACACCAUUCCGCCAGAACAACCACACCUAUUACCAGCAAGACCCUGCAUACCCACCGCAGCAAGGCUACCCUAUGCAGAACAUGGGCCAUGGACCUGCUGAGUUCCAGCCGCCACCACCUGCAUACGGAAACUGGGAUGCGCCGCCAGUCUACCAGCCUCCUCAAGGCGCGAGCAAGGUUGCAGCCAACCAGAAC